CAUGUGUUGCAGCUGAAACCGAAGAUAUGCCAGUGUUUCUGCUGAUUGAGAAAUGCCCAGGAAUUUCCACUCCUUGUGUAGUAUACAAGUCUAUAAAUGUCACAGUCAGGUUCCCCUGCUGUCAUUCUGAUCAUCCAAGAAAAGGAACAUUACUGUAAAGUGUCUUUCCUGAUUUAAUAACAUGCUUCUCUGGGAUAAGCCCCACUUGGUCUCUCCUGCUUUGCUUAUCGUGUCACUUGUGAGCAGAGCCUCUGCUUUCAGACUCCCUCAGAUGCCCACCAAAGAGUGUGUCCAGUUCCCUCCCGAGGACACCCUGUACGCCCUGCAGGGGGAGGCAGUGGUGCUGAAGUGCCACUCUCUGGCCAGGUACCUGGGUCGCUCUGCGGAACCGGGCUUCACCUUCCAGUGGGUCAACAACUCCGCCGGGCAGGUCAUCUCCGCGCAAGGAGGCAGGGUGCACACGCAGGGCGAGCUGCUGUGGUUUUUACCUGCUGUGGUCAGAGACUCUGGGAACUACAGCUGCAUUCUCAGGAAUGCCUCCUACUGCCUCGUCAGCCCUUUCUCUCUAAGGGUCUACGAGAGCAAACACGAUAAUCUGAACGACCUCUCGUUCACGAACACGGCGGACUCCGGCAGCAACGGAAGAGUGUUCUGCCCCCGUUUAACAGAAUACAUGAAAAGCGCCAAGACGGAGGAGCUGAAGUGGUACAAGGAAUCCACCCCUAUUCCAGCCUCGCAAAACAAAACGCGUUACAAGAAGACCGGGACAUCUCUCCUCAUUCGAGAUGUGAAAUCUGGCGAUGAAGGAUAUUACACAUGCGAGCUAAAUUUUCCAUUUAACAACACACACUAUAAAGUGUCAAGGGUAAUUAAACUGCAGAUUACAGCCCAGCCAGUGAAACCACGCAUAACUAAUCCUCUGAACAACACAGUUGAGACCUCUUUAGGAUCCACACUACUAGUACCCUGUAAAGUGUUCAUGGGAUUCCAGACCACCCAACAACCUUACAUUAUGUGGUUGGCAAAUAACUCAUACGUAUUCAUGGAUUUUCCUGAUAAGAGAGUGACAGAAGGCCCGGAAUAUGUGCUCACUGAGCCAGAGGGCAAUUUUGCUGGGCUAGACCUAAUCAUUUCUCAAGUACGCCAAGAGGAUGUCAGUACGGAAUUCAAAUGCAUUGCCAGAAACGGUCUGGGAUCACAUGAGUCGACUGUGAAGAUAAAGUUGAUAGAUGAAAUUCCUGCUCCAAGGAUCAUCUAUCCAGUUAAUGUCAUCUUUGUGAGCAGACUUGGCUCCAGUCUGAUAAUCCCCUGUCGAGUGAAUACAGGCCAUCAGCUGGAAAACGCCACCGAAGUCACGUGGCUUAUGAAUGGCCGGGAGAUCGAAGACUCUUUCAUGAGUGGUCGAGUCACGCAGGAGGAUAAGAGAGUGUACAGUAAAAAUGGAACUAUCUAUUCUGAGAUCAUUCUCAUCUUCUCUGAGGUGCGCGAGGAGGAUACCAGAGCAGAAAUUAAGUGUGUUGCACAGAACAGCAAAGGAUACCAUGAAGUUAUUGUUCAGGUUAAUUUAGAAGAUUCAAAGUUGACGUGGCUUAUAGUGGGAUUGACCGGGACAGCCACCUUCCUCUCUGUUGUCUGCAUAUUCCUCUACCAUCUGUUCAAGCCCCGUUCCAAAAAGGAUUAUUUCUUAGCGAAAUCUUAAGAGGUGUUCGCCUCCAGCAAGCACUGGAGCCUCUAAAUGUAUUUAUAUCCCAGAUGAGCCGUCACUAAAACUUGAUUUAGUAUAAACAUCCUUGACGUACAUUCAGUGUUUUGUUAUACAAAUGAGUAAUAAAACUAAAGGUCUGUAUGUAUAAACAGGGCAUCUGUCAAAUGCAGGAUGCUUAAAUUUACUGUAUUUGUACCCCAGCAAUCAUUAUUGUUGACUCUUCCUUUAUCUUUGAUAUUCUGAGGGAGGUGCUUCCUGUAGUCAUUUAUUCGAUUCUUAAAUGCCGCAUGGGGAAAACAUUCCUUUUCCGCAGAACCUCCUCGGCUCCCCAGAGUGUGCAGCCUGUAUCUGAGCUUUCCACAGAUUACUGUACCAAUCAAUAACUCCCACUCUCACCCAUCUGGUCUUUGAACCUGGUGUCCUUCAUGUUGUUAUCCUUUUGUAAACUCUGUUUGCAACCAAGCCCGAGCAGUCUGACCGAAUGCUACAGUAUUUGGCUGAAAUAUCACAACGUACUUUAGAGCGUCAGUCUCGUCACAAAAAGGGUGGCAUUCUCUGCUUUAACAUGAGCUUUGCUUUCCUGCACUUCUGGUGAGGUCUAGGGAGGACCAGAAACUCUCGUUUGUGUCAUCUAUCCACAUCAUUUUCAAGUUCUCGCCUUCCGCAGGUGCCCAGAUUCACCUGAAUGGUCGUCGUGGAGACACUACACUAUGUCCUGAUGAGGCCAGUUUGAUUUUUGACGCUGCCGGAUUGUUGUCUUGUGUUUGCCUUUUAGACCAAUUUUCUGACGCACAUUUGGGUAGCAGCCAUCCCACCAUCCUUCAAUGUCUUGGGCUCCACAGUUGAAACUGUUUGAAAACUCAUGGGCAUUUUCAUAGUUGUCACUAGAGCUCUGGAGAACAAAGCGUUUUUUUUCCUCAUAUCUUUGGAUGGUUCUCUGACUUUCCACAUCUUCAAGUGGUACAGGCAGUUUUUAGUUUUUACUUCUCUGUUCAGCUGCUUUGAUACACUUGCAGUGAAGGUGACCUGCUGAAGAUUCAAGAUUUGGAAACUAAGUGAAACUACCAGAUUAACAACUGACUAUUACCUUUAGUAUUGAAUUGACAGAGUAUUUUUCAGCGUAUGUAUAUUUGAAAUUAUAUGUAAUUACAUAUAUUGAGCCCUUUGAGAGCGAGAGUGUGCUCACGUGUGGGAUCACAGCAGCUCGUUGUCUGACCAGGAGGGGUCACAGGGGGUGAUCAGGUCAGCCCAGUCCAUCACUGGGGUACAGCUCCCCUCUACUGUGGACAUUUUUACAACUCGCUGUCUCUUGCAAUACUUCGCUGGAAGGAGUGCUGCUGUUCAGUGUUUAUGUUUUUGGUGAUUCCUUUAAUCUCUUUGUAUGGGAGCGCACAUGCAAAUAAGCAUUUAAUUGCGCUGGUGCAUAUGACAAAUAAACUGAACUGAACUGAAAAUUCA